AUGAGGCGGAGAAUUACCUUUAUCCACAGACCGGAAGACGGUAUUGACCCUAGCUCCAUCCAGGUUGCCCAUGGUAGCAUCACAGGUCCCGUCCUUUUGGCUGCCAGGGAAGAGCGCCUCACGCUGGACGUAGAUGAGCUCCCUGGCAAUCUUGCCUUGGCUCUCAAGAACCUCACUCAAGAUAUUCAUAUCAGGUGGACCACGUCGGCACCCUAUGAAACUACGGAGCCCCUGAGCUCACGCAUCUCCCCUGGGCUUCACAUCUUGUACACACCUCUCGGUCAAGGCCCUGAAGAUUCGACACGUAUCUGCUCCCUCAUUGAGGGCUACUUCGGCCCCCUUGGCUGUGAGAACCCCGAGUCAUUCAUCGAUGUGCCCUCAGACGAUGCAGCCAAGCGAGGACUUUUGCUGUAUUACGAAAUCUACGAGAAGCUAGAUGACUUCAUCAGCAAGGCCAAACCAACCCUCUGUCCGUCGUCCAGUAAUGAUGAUGAGUGUUCCGCACGUGUUCAGGCGCUCGCUAGCGCUGCGUCCCUCGAUAUCUCCUGGAUCCAUGCUUCCCAAACUCUCAGAGUAACCGCCCUAUGGCCUACCGGGCCCCAGGUCUUGAGUGCCAAGUCCACAGCGGAACACAGAGCCGAAGUGGGGAUUUUCUCGACCGACCCGUUGGCGGGCGAACCGCACGAAAUCGGACUCGGUGGGCUCGUCGCAACUGCAGCGGCCGAUGAGACCAAAGAACCUUCCAUUGUGGCUUACGCUAUCCCGUCCCGCCAUCGACAGGCCGAGUCGAGCUUCUCGGUGAAGGUCCUUGAGCCACAGGGCCUUCAUCCCACCUUACAGCUGGCCGUGUCAUCGGCUCAUCCACCCUCUGCAGAUGAUACGAACUCAGGAUACGAGGAGCAAUGUACUCUACACGCAUACCUUACGCUUCCAAGGACCAUUUUUGCCGACCGGUACCAAUUGGCCGAUGGCCUCUUCAUGGCUUCGAAGAACCUCACCAAACUUAGGUAUGCCAGCCAACCAGUUGAUCUCGAAAUGCCCGAAUACAAAACUCCUCAAUGGGGAUCAACGGUUCUCCUCGACCUCGCCCCACCUACCAAUAGCGAUUCACCCUGGACGGCUGAAGUCCCUCUCCACUUACGCUACAUGCCACCGACGCCCGGUGGCCUCUCUCACACCGAAGUGCCCUACCCUGCAGUUUUCUGGACCUGCAAGGCCAACGAGGACACUCCAUUUACCGAUAACCCCUUUGACCGAGCCAACGUAGGCUAUGACAGCUUGUUUGGACCCCAUGCGGUCUACUGGCACGUGCAGCCCCUUCCCAACGCAGAGGACAACCGACUAGUCACGACGUUGCGUGUCCCUGUCUUGGCUGUAGAGAAGUCGAGUUGGGUUGAAACAGGGACGACACUGACGAUUUUGCUUGGGUUCGGCUGGGUCUUGAUCUCUUUGUUCUUUGCCGCUCGACGCAGUGGGAACGAGAAGAAGGCACAGGCCGCGACGAAGAAGAAACAGUAG